AUGGAAUCCACUGGUCGCUGGGACAAUGGCCCAUCCAAUAAUAGCAUCUAUGAGGUUGCGCUCGGAGAUGGCUCCAAUACCAGCUCUCAAUUUACUGGCGUGCAGCUGAUCCAGUCUUUCAAGCCCCUGAUCAUCCCCUGCUACACCUUGGUGGUGCUUGUGGGCAUCUUUGGAAACUAUCUCCUCUUCUACAUUAUCUGUAAGACCAAGAAAAUGCACAAUGUCACCAACUUCUUCAUUGGAAACCUGGCCUUUUCCGACAUGCUGAUGUGUGCAACCUGUGUCCCUUUUACUCUGGCCUAUGCCUUCAACCCCCACGGAUGGGUCUUUGGAAAGUUCCUGUGCUAUUUUGUGUUCCUGAUGCAGCCCAUGACAGUAUAUGUGUCCGUCUUCACCCUGACAGCUAUUGCAGUGGACAGAUAUUACACCACAGUGCACCUUCUGAAGAAGCGUAUCUCAUUCACUACCUGUGUGUACAUCAUCAGUGGGAUCUGGCUGCUCUCCUGUGCCCUGGUGGCCCCGGCCAUUGCCCACACGUACCAUGUGGAGUUCCAGAAGGAAGGCUUUGCCAUCUGCGAGGAGUUCUGGAUGGAAGAAGAGAAAGAGCGCCUGGCCUAUGCCUACAGCACCUUGAUCAUCACCUAUAUCCUCCCCCUCUCAGCAGUCUCCCUCUCGUACCUCUGCAUCACCAUCAAGCUGAAGAACCGUGUUGUGCCCGGCCACCCAACGCAAAGCCAGGCAGAGUUUGACCGCUUGCGGAAGAGGAAGAUCUUCCGCCUCCUCGUGCUUGUGGUGGCAGCCUUUGCCGUCUGCUGGCUCCCCAUCCAUGUCUUCAACAUCAUCCGUGACAUAGACAUCAACCUCAUCAAUAAGGAUUAUUUCCUUCUGAUCCAGCUAUUCUGCCACUGGUUUGCAAUGAGCUCCUCCUGCUGCAACCCCUUCCUCUACGCCUGGCUCCACGAUCGCUUCCGAAGUGGCCUGAAAGAGAUGUUCACCUUCAAGCAGAAGAUCAUCCCCACCAAUAAUUGUGUUGCAGUCAGUGUAAUGCUUUGA